GUGCCAGUACAUAAAACUGUGCAUUUUAUGCAUUGAGCUCAUUGAACCUGCGGCAGAACAUCAGAUGCAGCAUCUGAUUCACCGGCAUUAAAAACCCAACAGAACACAAAAGAGGAACACGCUUUGUUUCCCUCCCAAACAACAGAACUCACAUUUAUUUACGAAACCGGAACCGAUCUGACGAAUAAUCAGACGUAAACAUGCUGGAGAAAUCAAACAGCCAGUACGACUCCUUCCUGUUCUGGAAACAACCGAUCCCAGCUCUGGACCUGUCGGAGCUGGAGGACCUGGGGUUGGUGGACCACAGCAAGCCCAAAAACAAGAUGUGGGGUCAGGACGAGGAGGAGCUGUCUGAGUUCUCCUCCUUCAACUACUGGAGAGCUCCAAUCGCAGACGUGGACUCUCUGCUGGCUGACCUCAACCUGCUGCUCUGAAACCCCUAUAACCUGACCCACAUCCUUUCAUUCGCACUGAUAAAGUUACUUUAGUGAAACAAACUCACAGCAGGCUGGAGAUGUUUUAGUAAAACUGCACCAGAAACAAAGCAUUAGUUUACAGCCACAGAUGAUCAACUUACGGUUAUGUUUGUGUUUAGAAUUUAAUUUAAAACUAUAGGUUUUGUCUCAUAGAUGAAUGCAUGACGUCAUCACCUGACUGAGUUUUUGUGAUUGUGAUUUUUGGUUGCAGCAUUAAAGCAAAAUCGGUGGCCUUGAACCUGAUAUAGAUCCAAAACCUACCUGGAGUAAAAAAAAAAAAAAAAAGGCUUAAUUUAUUUUCAGAUUUGUGCCUUUUUGUUUUAUUCAAAGCUGCUUUAACACUAAAUUCCUUUUUAUCCUGUUUGUGCAACUGGAUGAGAUUAAAACUUCUGAAUAUUUACCGCCUCCACACUAUAAUAAAAUGUCCUUUUGUAAACAUA